AUGUCUGUGAGUCCCAUAUUCAGAGUAAUACCCGAUUAUGAGGGCUGGAAGGAGUUGGAGUAUAAUAGGAUAUCAGAGCUGUUAUGUGCAUCAAAGGAUCAGAUUGCGAGAUUGACUACUAAUAAGACUGAGGGUCAUAUCCAGGUGUGGCCUGAAUUGGAAAGUGAUCCCGUUAUUAGAAACUUGUUUACGGCUAUAAUACUGUUUAACCCGAAUCGACCCAAUUUAACGCAUAGACAUAAUGUCCAACUCGAACAACAGUUAUACAUAUAUUUACUGCAAAGAUAUUUACUAUUAAAAUGUCGAUCGGAAUCGGAAUCAAAACUACAGAAUCUGAUGGAAUCACUCAAAGACUUCAAUACUCUAAGAGAAAUACAAAUGACAUUUGGAUUACAGGAUUGUAAACAAUAUUUCGGACCUCUUAUUAGGGAAAUAUAUGAUUUCGACAAUAACUACAAUACAAAUACUACGUGCUCGGACAGGGAGGGCGGGUAG